AUGCCUCCAUUGGAUGAGCUUGCUAUUCUAAAUCGUCUCACACAACUUAAACUGGAUGGUCUCAUCAUCAAGUUACCAAGUGCCGGUGAUUUCCCUCCAACUCUUCGUUACUUGACCUUGGCUAAUACGUGUCUUGGUGUAGACCCGAUGCCAGUACUAGAGAAGAUAUCCAAACUAUUCUUCCUCAAACUGAGAAAUGCUUUCACUGGUGAACAAAUGUUGGUGUCAGAAUUUGGGUUUGCAAAGCUCAGGGUUCUGUGCAUUGCAGAAUUGUGGAAUUUGAGGAACUUACAUGUUGGAGACGGUGCAAUGCGGAAGCUGCUGCGGGUGGAAAUCAACAAUUGCCCGUAUCUAAAGAACCUCCCCAACGAGAUUGCGUUGAAGGCUAAUUUGGAGAAGUUGAAGAUGGUUUAA